GAGCAUCAACUCCUACACUUUUCGACAGGCUGAAGCUGUAUGUUCAGAAGCCCCGUCAUAAUUACAUUCUGCUGGGAUCUAUCAGUGCGCGUGCCGACACGUCCAGUACAUCAAUUGUUUUUGGCCCUUGGCAUAAAGAAUAUCACGGCUUGCAAUAAGUCAAUUGACUUCGGUCAAUCGAUACUUUACUCUUUCAAUCUAGCUCAUUAAUUCUAGAUAUUCACCACGCUUGCUGCGCCACGGUAGCUUUGUUGAUUCUCGCCGGCGCAAAUAUCAUUGCCUCCGCUGAAUAUCAAGCAACCACGACAGACAUGGACGCGCCAAAUAAUGCCCCAGCUUCUGCAAAUGGAUCAAAUGAAUCAAAUGAUACCGCCAUGGGCGAAUCGUCACCUCCUAAAUAUGUCCCUCAAUUCUCUGCCGCGACCGAAAUGAUUCUUCAACGCAUGAGAGCAGGAAUAUCUGGUGGGCUAUCCAGUAUUGGCAUUACAGGAACACCACCGGGCUAUGAAGAAAUGCGCAGGAACGUCAUGUCAGGGAUGAAAACUACGCAGAAUAUGCAAAUAACUACACCACCACCAAGAUAUCAAACUAGCAAGAAGUCGACGCCCAAACCCAGUGCCACGCCUAAAACACCCAAAGUUGAGUCUCCGACAGUAUCAUCAAAUAGUGCAGGAGCCAAAAAGAAGCGAAAAGGUCUCAAGACAGGACAAAAGCGCAAAAGAGCCAAGGAUGACAGUGAAAGUGCGGACGAAUCUGAAGCUUUGAGUGGUCUAGGCGGGGAUUCGGACUCGGACGAUUCAAGCAGUGCGAUGGAAAUGCCAAAGAUUACACAAAGCGGAAGACAAAUAGUGAAGCCAACUCAAUUCGUACCUACCUUACCUGAGACGAGCUCGCGGAAACGAUCCUCUGCGUCAACAAAUAAACGAACUCAAAAUCAAGAGCAAGCAUUGUGCAAGAGAUGCGGUAGGGGCAACAGUCCUCAGAACAAUAUGAUAGUUUUUUGUGAUGGGUGUAAUUUGGGGUGGCAUCAAAUGUGCCAUGACCCUAUAGUUUCAGAAGAGGAGGUGAAGGAUGAACAGGCACCAUGGUACUGUAAUGAUUGCGCAAGAAAGAGGGGCAUUAAACCGGCACCGUCUAAGACUGACGGUGUUAGCUGGGCCGGCAAAACACUCGACCAGAGAAGGACAUACCUAGCCUUACUGCCUCAUCCCCAGCUAGUGGAGCUUCUCAUUAAAGCUUCCAUUUUGUACCCAGAUAUGCCUAUAUUCCCCGCCAAUACUCCGCCCCUCCAGUCCCGCCAAUCACAGAAUUCAUCUCGCCCCACAACCAAUCACAUCACGCAACCAUUUCCUCCCUCCGCCACCUCCACCGCGGGCCUUUUUUCUCGUGCAGAAUCAAACCCCAACGCACCAAUGAACUUUAUUCGCAAAGUAGCUCCCAAUUCCGCAACCUCUAAUAUCACUCCUUCACCGAUGUUUACCUCAUCAUUCCCCCCAGCACCAGCUUUCACUCAUGCUUCUUCCGCCCCGCCAACACUACCUCCACAGGCUUCAUCAAACAUGGAGUCAAAUGGAAAUAUAAAUGGGAUGGACAAUGGGCAGGAGGUGUCUCAGGAAAGCAGAGAGUCCACGCCAAAUAGUCCACCAUAUCCCAAAGCUGGAACAGGGCUUAUGAGUAAAUUGGGCCCGGAUGAUGAGGAUAUAGAGUGGUUGGUUGAUAAUGAAGAUUACGAGGCUUUUAGUCAUACGGUCUAUGAUGAUCACGGAGAAAGAGAUUCUGGGGUUAUAUGAAGAGUGAUUGUGUAUAAUCGAUAGAGGCCGAAGCUGAAAAGCAUAAUAAAGAAGAGAGGAGUAAACAAUAAAUUUUCCUGAAGAUCCAUAGGUCUUCGUGGGAAAAGCUCUCGUGGAUAGAUAGGCAUAUCCUGAGCUGGCUUGGUCAGUAGCUUGUGCUGCAUUUAUCACUCGCGUCUGAAACGCGUGUACAUCGUAUCCUCGAUUGGGCAUUGCUAACAGUGUACAUAUAUACAUUUGUUAUUACGUAUUUGGGCAACAAAAGAGAAACUGCUUCAAACGGUGAUCGCUUAGGUGCUUUGACUAUUCAUGAUUAGUUCAGUAUUCGGGAUAGAUGAUUUGUAUUUGGUGAUAUAAUGUUCAUGGGCUGAUUUAUAUCUACUAAAUGCAAGUCAUUGUUCUCUUGAUUUAUCUGGAUGCUUCUGGCGUCCUAUCUUCAUGAUGGGAUGUGUUGCUACGAGUUGGCACGGAGCUGGAUACAUGGACUUGAUCUUCAGAUGAGUUCAGUCAUCUUGGAAGUUUAGAGGGUAGGCUCUUGACUCACUUGCUAUUCAUAUUCCGAGGAUGUAGAGAUGAGAUACAAUGCUGCGACAGUGACUCA